UUAUGUAAUGCUUCAGUACACCAAAAUCAAACCAAACACAUUGUGCAUGCCUUCCUUCAUUUCUUUCACAAUCAUAAACUAGCUAGCUCAGCUCGCUUCACUACUGACCACUAAGCAAGCCUUCAAUGGCAUCUGAAAUGACACCACCUGCAGAACUCGAACUUCCGGGAUUCCGAUUCCAUCCCACAGAGGAAGAGCUUCUCGAGUUCUACCUCAAGAGCGUGGUGUUCGGAAAGCGAUUGCGCUUCGAUAUAAUCGAGUUUCUGAACAUCUACCGUCAUGAUCCUUGGGACUUGCCUGGAUUGUCAAAGAUUGGAGAAAGGGAGUGGUACUUUUUCGUGCCCAGGGACAGGAAGCAUGGGAGUGGAGGAAGGCCUAACAGAACCACUGAAACUGGGUUUUGGAAAGCGACUGGUUCCGACCGCAAAAUUGUGAGCUUAUCUGAUCCGAAGAGGAUUAUCGGGUUGAGGAAGACUCUUGUUUUCUACAAAGGGAGAGCACCAAGAGGAACCAAGACUGAUUGGGUCAUGAAUGAGUAUCGUUUGCCUGAUAACUGCAAAUUGCUCAAGGACAUAGUACUGUGCAAGAUAUAUAGGAAGGCAACUUCCUUGAAAGUGCUAGAGCAAAGGGCAGCAAUGGAGGAAGAGACGAAGAUGGGCUUUCAUGCCAAUUCCCCUAACAUUUCCUCGUCCCCUCCAACGUCAAUGGACACCACCAUGUCAUUUUCCAGCUUCCAAGAACAGGAAGCACACCAGCAUCAUCAUGAUCUAACUGCGCAAAUUCCCAUAAUUCCCACCAACCUUAAGAAAGAAUUAGCAGAUGAUGCAGCACUAACUCCAGUAGAAGAGCAGCGAAAGGAAGAGGAUGAGCAAGCAAUGGAGAUGAAGGAGUCUCCCACAUGUCUUCAGACUCCUUUUGGAAAAGACAAGCUGCCAGAGCUCCUGGUUCCCAAAAUGAGCAUGGACUGGACCCAAGACCAAUUUUGGGCACCCAUGAAUAGUCCUUGGCUUCUGCCGACCCCUUAUGCCAACAUUCUCAACAUGGAAUUACUUUGAUUAAAUUGGUGGGUACGUAGGAAAUAAUAAAAGUUUGGUCAUGUAGAUAAAUUUUGGUCGCAACUUGAGGACAGUAAGUGCGUCUCUAACCCGAUCCCAGAAUCCAACCUCGACUAUGCGUUGUAGAAUCUAAGAUAUUUAAGUGAGGAGUAAAAUUUUUAAUGGCAAUUUGAAGCUAGUACGUAUGCACACGUAGAUAAGGACUUGGCGUUGUUUCAGUAAUAACUUUGCAUAGGUUCAAGUGUUUGCAUGCUGUUCUAGAUGAAGAGCAGCUUUGAAUUUAGUUUCCUAGCUCAAUGGCUAGCUUAUCUAUACAUUUUUUUCUUUUCUCUUGAGAGAGAGUAAUGCUAUCUAUCUACAUUAUUACAUUA